AUGGCUUCAUCUAAUCCCGAACGAACCUACGCUCGAUGGCCUCUCCGAGACGUGCCCCGUACACCUGCGACAGACGUCCUGCCCAUAGGACCUGAAGCAGAUGGAAUUCCAACAGUGUUUGACGAUGAUUCACGCACAUUAGUUGAUCCGGCGCACUACCUGCCUGGAAGGAAAUAUCACUCUAUUGCCAAGCUCCAGAUUCGAUUUGAAGGCCAGGAUGCUAGCGACACGCGUCAUGCUCAAGCUACAGGAUGGCUAAUCAUGCCUCAUCUCAUUAUUACCGCCGCCCACUGCGUUUACGAUCAUACACACGACUUUGGCAAAGCCGUUCAAGUCCGCGCUUUCGUAGGAUACAAUGGCAAGAACUCUGUUGACCAACCUGGUGUUCAAUUCCGUAGGGGUCUCAAGGUCGUCGUUCCGAAAGACUGGAUAAUCAGUGACACCAACCGCGCAAGUGAUGUCGCCUUCAUAAAAGUGGAAGAAUUCAACGAUAUAGUGCGUAUUGCCCAGCAGCCCACUGCAGGGAUCGUGAACAAGAUGCUUUUGAGCGUGGUUGGAUACCCGUGCGACAAAUCCUUGGUUGAUGAACCAGGAGCGCAAAUGUAUGAGAUGACCAAAAGAAUAGAUUGCGAUCUUUCGAAAACAGCCGUCAAUUUGCUCGAGCACACGAUAUCUUUUGCAAGUGGUCAAUCUGGAUCCCCUGUUCUCAUCAAUGGCGAAAGCAAGGCUAUCAGCGUGUCUUCAUAUGGUACCGGAACCAGGAACACGGCAACUGUGUUUCGAGGUAGAUUCGGAACCUAUCUCAGCGGCAUGUCUGCUGUCAUGUUUGGCUUGGACCGUGCUCCUGCUGGCAGCGAAGAUAUCAGAUACACCGUGACCAUAGGCCGCCCAGAGGGUAGUGUGACAGAAGAGCCCCUCAGUGAUGGAAAACCCUUUGGGGCAGUUUUCAGGAAGGUUACCAGCGUCGGCCAAAAAGUUGAUCGUUCCAUAUUACGAACUGGAUUCCCUUUCAUGGGCCAGGUGGGCGGUCCUAUCACUGCCGUUACAGGUACCGCACUGGGUGUGAUGAGCAAUGUUUUGUAUCUCUGGUGUUUCUUCAUAGUGUCUUACUCAAAAUAA